UCUACACGUGGUGGCCUGCUCCUAUCUUAUAUAUAUACAGCAAUGCCUGGUGGUGGUUCCCGGCCUAGCGCUAGUGCACACAACACCACUAGAUCAGAUCAGAGCCCUGCCCGCAGCAGCAGGGAGCAGCAAGGCUAAUAAGGUCCAGUCCUCUAGAUGGCUCCUCCCCAUCAGUCGGAGAACUCAGCGCCGGCCACGGUGACGACGGUGGACGUGACGGCAGCGAGGGACCUUAUCGCGGCUGCCGGCGGCCACCGCUACCUGGAUGUGAGGACGGAGGAGGAGCUGAGCAAGCUGGGGCACCUGGUGGAGGUGGACAGGUCCAUCAACGUGCCCUACAUGUUCAUCCCCUCACAAGGAUGCCGGGUGAAGAAUGCUCAGUUCGUGGAGCAGGUGGCGUCGCUCUUUACCAAAGAGGAACACGUCGUGGUGGGCUGCCAAAGCGGCAAGAGAUCGGAGCAAGCAUGCGUUGAUCUCCAAGCAGCAGUAUGGGUUCAAGAACGUCAAGAACAUGGGAGGCGGCUACCUUGCCUGGCUCCACCAUGGGUUCCCCGUCCACCACCGCACCAACCAACCGCCGCCGCCAAGCCAAGACGCCUAGCAUGCAGGCAGCAGCUGCUCAAGCUCAACCAUCCAAACUCCAAUCACCGAUACAGAGCGAAAUAAAUAAAAUGAAAUAAUUGCGCUUGCUAUACCCAAGCCACUGCUCUUCGUCUCCACUACUCUACUGUGUGUUUUACUGCUUGUGAUGCUAGGAUUCCCAACAUACUCUUCCUCCUCCUGUAUAUGUUUCCCUCCCUAUCUAACACAAAUAGAAAUCGCAGCAGGGAGGCCAACUUCAACCUAA